AUGGUAGCUGUUGAGUUGAGGGGUGACGAGGGAACGAACAGCAUUGCUGGUCAUACCAAAGUCAAUGGUGGUGGUGGAGGAGGAGGGGGAGGGGGAGGAGGGGGAGGGGGAGGCGGUGGAGGUGGCGGGGGCAGUUUUGGAUGGGGAUGGGGUGGGGGAGGAGGAGGUGGUGGUUGGUAUAAAUGGGGGUGUGGUGGGAAGGGGAAAGGAGGAGGAGGAGGAGGCGGCAGAGGCGACUACAAGCUCGGAGAGUUUGCACAAUGCAUGGGAAAAGGAAGGUGUAAAGGCAUGAGGUUAGAUUGCCCUCUUCAUUGUGGAGGCCCUUGCUUCUACGACUGCCAACACAUGUGCAAGGCUCAUUGUCGACGUCCUUGAUGGUUGAUGAAAGAGUACCUUUCUUUUUCGUGUUUGUCAGAUUAGGUAGGUUGAUUUGUGCCCUCAUUAAGUAAACUAAGUGGUGUGUGCUAAGAGUUUUUGGCAUUUGGAUGUUUCUACUUGUCUUCUUUAUAUUGACUUGAUGCUGUUUUUGAUGCGGUGAUGGAAAACCUGAUGACUCUGUCUCACCAUAUGUUGCAUGCAUGCAUGCAUGCUGCUUGGCAUAUGGAUGAUGAAACUCUUGGAUAUGGCUUGCCAUUCAUCGUAGAUACAUGGCUUCAAAAUUCUAAUGAGUGUUUUGAUUCAUUUUGCUAAUGUGAAAUGGACGCAGAAUGAUCUUCUGAAUUCUGAUGGACAUGAUUUUUCUGUUUUUCA